CAUGUGGACAGUUUCAGUAGCAAAUCCCUUGCCAAAGGACUUAAUGAUUAAAAAUAUGUGCUUUUUUCCUUUUAAAGUUCUUUAAACAGCAUAGAGAAGUGAUGUUGAAUUCUGAUGGUAGUAAACCUUCCUAUGGGUUUUACAAGACGCCAGUUCGCCGAUCCUCUAACAUGUUGAAUCAAGGAGAUCAUACAAGCACAGUACUGAUUGACCAUUCUCAUAGGGAACAUAGGAAUAGAAAGGAAGAUGAAUCAAAGGACAAUAUUUCUAUUCUUUGCUUUGAUUUAACACAUGUAUCCCCAGCUGUGCAAUUUUUCAUUUUGACUUUUGGAAUCUUUUUCUUUUAUCUGUUGUAUGGUUAUGUCCAGGAGUUGAUAUUCAGACUUGAAGGCUUUCGUCCCUAUGGUUGGUACCUAACAUUAGUACAGUUUGGAUGCUACUCACUGUUUGGUUUAGUUGAAUUGUACAUGAAAGCUGACAGACAACGGAGGAUUCCCCUUCCAACAUAUGGUUUCUUGGCCUUCUUAACAGUAGCCACCAUGGGCUUGUCAAAUUCCUCUUUAGGAUACCUUAACUAUCCGACCCAAGUUAUAUUUAAAUGCUGCAAACUAAUACCAGUUUUAAUAGGAGGCAUUAUAAUUCAAGGCAAAAAAUAUGGUGUGAUAGAUGUUAGUGCAUGCCUCAGUAUGAGCAUUGGGUUAAUCCUUUUUACUCUGGCAGACAGCACAGUUUCUCCUAAUUUUAAUUCUUAUGGUAUUUUAUUGAUCUCACUUGCUCUUUGUGCUGACGCUGUGAUAGGAAAUGUGCAAGAAAAAACUAUGAAAGAAUUCAAGAGCACCAAUUCAGAAAUGGUAUUAUACUCAUACUCUAUUGGGUUUGUGUACAUCCUAUUUGGACUUGUUAUCAGUGGACAGCUUUUUCCUGCAUUUAAUUUUUGUUUACAAUAUCCAGUCGAAACGUAUGGUUAUGGUGCAGUCUUCUCCCUGACUGGCUAUCUGGGAGUGAACAUAGUACUGACCAUGGUCAAGACAUUUGGGGCUCUCAUAGCUGUGACAGUGACCACAUGUAGAAAAGCCUUGACCAUAGUGCUUUCUUUCAUUUUCUUUGCCAAGCCAUUCACUUUCCAAUAUUUGUGGGCAGGUCUGAUUGUUUUACUGGGGAUUUACCUGAACAUAUACAGCAAGAACAAAACCAAGUGGGAUCCAGUCAUCAGAGAAUAUCUUACAAGACUGAACCCAUGCAGAAAACGUGAUAUUCAGCUGAACAAUAUGGAAAAUAUUGUUUAAUUUACCAUUGAGGCCACAAUAAGAACUAGUCACAAUUGUACUUUGACUAAAAUUUUGCUUAACAUCAAAAGGUAGCUUGGGGGAUUGUGUCUCUUGGAAUAUUUUUGGAUUUGUUUUAUGUUAUAGUCUGUAUACAUUGCAAGCUUUACUCUUUACAAAGAUUCUGAAGUCACUAAUUUAUUUUGCAUAAAAAAAAGAUAAGGUGCUGUGCAUUGGAAAUUGGUGCAAAAAUUAUGAAACAAAAAGUAGCUUAGUAUUUGGUAGUGGGUUUCUAGUUCUAGCACACCAUUAUUUAAUUUAAACUCAUUUUUAAAGAUAUUUUUAUGGACAAACACUGUGUGUCUGGACAUACAUCACCUUCAUCUGUCAUUCCCAUUGCAUUUAGCACUCGGAAAUGUCAUUUAAAAAAUGAGUUACUCAAUAUUCUCGUACUUACAAGAAUGACUCAUACAACUAAAUAUACGAUUCCAGUUUGAAAACAAGCCUGAUUGGGUUAUUUUUCUUUAAGUUAUGAUGUUUGUUUGUUUGUUUUUCUAUAUUUUUUCAUUUUUCAUGAAUGGCAUCUUGGUAUGACUGAAUUAGCAUGGAUUUGGUGCUCGGUCAUUGUUACAUUUUCCGAAUGUCUGCAGUAACAUAAGUACAUGAUUAAAAAUUGAUGGUGAUUAAACUGUAAAGCAUUCUGUAAUAUUGCAUCAAAAAUGACAAAAAACGUGCACUGCCAUCGUUUAAUUGUUUGUUCGCCUUUUUUAGAAUGUUUUCGUGCAGCUCCUCUCACUUUUGUCAUUUUUGUCUGUCCAUUUGUCAGCUUUGCUGCCUUGUUUUAUUUGCUCUAAUCCAGUGGAUGUUUACAUACAUUAAUUUUGUUUUAUUUGGUGUAGAAUCCAAUAUUUGAGUAGGGUUUUAUUAUGGUUACUGAAACGGUUUUUGAGACAUGCACAGGCAUUUACGUCAGACUGAAAAAAGAAAAAUCAAUCCCAUGAGCGAUUCUCAGCUUCGUCAUUUAUACCUAAUGUGGUUGUUUUUAUUAUAGAAAAUGAGGGUUUUCAUAAAUUGUGAUAAAGUAUAUUUAUUUAUUAUGGUUAUUUACACUGUAUUUAUGAGCAUCAUAACGGCUCUUUGAAGCUUUGGUGUCAUUAAAGGGAAAUAAAUAUGGUGGUGAUUGA